GGGUGGACCAUUCGCUGCUCCGCCCCGUGACCUGCGCGCUUGCGGAGAGGUACAAGGUCAGAGGUUUCGGAGCCGUCAUGGCGGCGCUGUGCCGGACCCGUGCAGUCACUGCCGAGAGCCAUUUCCUGCGAGUGUUUCUCUUCUCUCGGCCCUGUCGGGGCGCAGGAACUGAGAGUAGCUCCGGGGGUGAGAGUUCCGACUCCCCAGAGCCUAAAAGGCGCCCAGGCGGCUUCGCGAACGCUUUGGAGCGGCAUUCAGAGCUGUGGCGAAAGGGGGAGCUCCCGCAGAAGAGAGGCUCUCCAAAAAAUGUGGAAUCCUUUGCGUCUAUGCUGAGACAUUCUCCUCUUACACAGAUGGGACCUGCCAAGGAUAAACUAGUUAUUGGACGAAUCUUUCAUAUUGUGGAGAAUGAUCUUUAUAUUGAUUUUGGUGGCAAGUUUCAUUGUGUGUGUAGAAGACCAGAAGUGGAUGGAGAGAAAUACCAGAAAGGAACCAGAGUCCGACUGCGUCUAUUAGAUCUUGAACUUACAUCUAGGUUCCUGGGAGCCACCACAGAUACAACUAUACUUGAGGCUGAUGCGAUUCUCUUAGGACUCCAGGAGAGUAAAGAUGCCAAAUCAAAACAGGAACAUCGUGAAUAAUAAAUAAACUUUGCUUAGUGCAUUCACUCCUUUUUUUUGUUCAACCCAGAUAUUCAUCAAGAAUGCAAUUAGAAAAUUGUAAAUAAAUGAUUGAAAGAAGACAUAAUAAACAAAAGCUAUAAUUAUG